GUUCAAUGUUCAGUAGCAUAAAACUUCCUGUGAAGACACAGGUUUUAAUACUCACAACGAAGUACUAGGCUUCCUUUCUAAACACUGGACUCCAAAUGAUAAGGCCCCCAAAUAUUCUAAGAUUGUCACUGUUUCAUCCCAGGGAGCUUUUUUCCUGAGAAAAUGCCAACCACACAGAAAACGUUGAUGUUCCUUUCUGGCUUUCUCACAAGCCUUGGCUCUGUUGUUGUCAUCUGCUCAAUACUGGGGACACAGGAGUGGAUCGCCAGCAAGAUUUUCUUCACGGAUGUGAUUUCCAAUGGUACAAUUAUUAUCACCUACGGUCUUUUCCGUGGAAUAAGUACUCAAGAUUUGAAUGAAGGCCUCCAAGAUCUGGACAAAAACUUUGAAGUUUUAGGGAUAUUGGACAAUUCUUCCGAGAAGUCUCUGCAUUUGGUGGCCAUCCUAUUCCUGGUCCUGAGUCUGGGAGCUUCCGUGUUGAGCUCAGUGUUCACUUUCUACAACAGCAUCAGCAACCCUUACCAGACGUUCCUGGGUCCUAUGGGCGUCUACACCUGGAACGGACUCAGUGCAUUCUUUGUGUUCCUGGCCAUGGUUCUGUUCGUGGGGAAUGUGGAGUCCAACCAUCUCUCCGAAAAACUGUCCCAGAAGCUUUAUCCAGGGACCACUAAUGAGAGAACAACCCACACUUACGGAUACUCAUUUUGGCUCAUUCUGCUUGUCAUCUUUCUGUGUAUUGUCACUGUGAUCAUCAUCAUUUUCUAUCAGAAGGCCCGCUACCAGCAGAAGCAGGAGCAGAGGAAGCCGGUGGAGUAUGCGCCCAGGGAUGGCAUUUUAUUCUGAGUCCUGUCUCACAUCACAUUUGUACUGCCUCUGCCAGUAGUAACUGGAAAGCUGCAUGGGAGAGUAGCUGUCAGGGGCCAUAGCUUCUGCAACCAUGACAUCAUGUCCUUCUUAGAUGACCACUUGCACAUUUCUCCACAGGGAUCCCUCUGGAAAGAGUUUUCUCACAAGGCCAAGAAAAUGAAUGGGAAAGGCUGGGGUCUAGAGUGCUCCAGAGGGAGU